GUGAUAGAAUAGAAAGGUCCCAGAGUAGGACUGGUGUCCCUUUAACAGACAAAGGAAAGCGAGGCAGACUCCACAAAGAGAAGAAAAACAGGUCAAACGACAUGAAUCUAAAGACUGAAAACUCCUCAAAUGGCUUCACACCAGAGAUCAACUUGGAUAAACUCCACCGGAUGGCUGCAGAGCUGAUACUGCCUGGAAGAUCAAUCUUGAGGCUCCUGAAUGCUGCUUUGGAGUUUGUUACAAACUUUCUAGCCCGAGUUUUAGGAAGCAGCCUGGUCAGAAGACAUUUCCACCUGCUGCUGUCUGCGUUGGUUCUCUUCGGACCUGCGCUCAGCUUCUGGGUAUCAAAGUACAGCAUCUUCGCAAACAGCAAUCACUACCUGUACAGGAAGUUCCUCAGGUCAACUUGGGGUUGGACCUGCAUCUUUACGGGCUCCUUCAUCGCUCUCCUUUCCCUCUCAGCCCGUCACCCCUUCUCUCUUUGCCUCCGCCACCUCUCUCGAGUAGGCCUCGCAGGAUUGUUCUGGUGGGGGUGUCGGCGCCUCCUGACCCUGUUGGAGGAUGCGGCGGGGACCUGUUAUGAACCCAUGAACCCAGCCCAGGACGCCCAGAGCUCAGCCUCCCCGGUGCAGCCUUUACUGCUCCUGCACGAAGACCAGAACAAGGCUUCCUGCCUGAAAGCUCACAUGUUGUGGAGAGGCUAUGAAGUCUCCCAGGACAUCCUCAUCCUCUGCUUCUGUUGCCUGCUGCUUGUUGAGGAAAUGUCUGUCUUUGGUAGUCACCUGGAGCAAGAGAAGCCUCUGCAGAGGUCACCUGGGACCCCGUUAAGAGUCAUCUUCCUCCUGUGUGUAGUUCUUCUCCUUGUUUGGAUGUUUCUGCUGCUGUGUUUGCUCGCAUACUUCCCUAAGUUUCCCUCCCAGCAGCUAGGAGGAGCUCUGGGCUACCUGUGGUGGAAAGGACUCUACCAGGGACUGUACAGACUCAGAUCAAGGUGGGGCUGUCCUGGUUUACCAGCAGAGGGACUUAGGUUGUGAAGUGAAUGCAGGUGCAGUGUAUCGCCUGUAAACACCCUUUCAAGACUAUAACGCUGACAUCACAUGAAUAGUUUGCUUUCUAUGGAGGUCAAAAUUAAUCUAAAACCAGAUUUAAAAAUCUCAUUCAGACAAAGUGGGAAAGAUGGGAAAACUGCUGCUUUAUUCUGUAAUCUGAACCAAAAAUGCAGGCACAGUUAGAAAAUGGUUUCUAUCAGAGCAGGUGUGUUAUUACUUAAAGAGAGUGUCAUUCUAUACUAGUUGUUGCUUGUUUUAAAAAAAAAAAAAAAAAAAAA